AUGACAAAGAUGCACACAAAAUUAAUCCUUAUUCUUGUUUUCUGCGGGUUUGCUGCAUGUAGUUCAUCAAUUGAUUGGCUAAAAUUUAAGCGCACUUACAAUAAACAGUAUAAAUCGGCAGCAGAAGAGGCAAAACGUAAACUGAUUUUCUUUGAAAAUGUAAAUCGAAUCCGUGAUUAUGAACAUAAUCAUCCGAAUGCAACAUUCAAACUUGCUAUCAACCAUUUGACUGAUCAACGUAUUCAAGAAUUAGUCACACCCACGAAAUAUUUCAUGGAACUCAAUCCAGACAAUAGGCAAAGUUCACUUGAGAUGUUCGACGUUCCAGAUUCGCUUGAUUGGCGCACUAAAGGUGUUGUUUCACAAGUCAAAGAUCAAGGGAUAGAAGGUCGAGUUGAGCCAGUCGUUGCUAAGUUAUCGAAAGUUGCAGGUAGUGUUGCACGUGUCGAUGACUGUUGUGAUCCACAAGUCAACGUUUUCGAAUGUAUAACUAAACUCGGUGGGAUCUGCCGCGAAGUUGAUUAUCCAUCGGUCACUCAGCAAUGUCUACCUAAGAAAUGUGCACCAUUCACUCAUUUCAACAAAGUUAUGCGACUCAAGACCCAAAGUGAAGAUACUAUGGUGACAUGGAUUCAAAAUUCGACCUUAUUCGUUGGAAUUGAUGCUAGUCGGACAUCUUUUCAGUUCUACGCAUCUGGUAUCUAUAAGGAUUCAUCAUGUUCACAAACAACUGUAGAUCACAUAUUGCAACUUGUCGGAUAUGGAAAAACACCUUCAGGAGAUUUAUAUUGGAUAUGUAAAAAUAGCUGGGGUACUACUUGGGGCGAGCAAGGAUACAUUCGUGUGUUACGAGGACAAAACGUGUGUGGUAUUGCUAGUUAUGUUAUGCAAGUGGCUUAA